AUGUCCCGGUUUCUCGCUCAAGAGUCGACGGUCACCGCCAGCUGCUACACCGUCGAGUCGGGUACCGCCAAGGUCCACGGCUUCCACUACUGCACUACUCUGGGCGCCGGGUCUAAACAAACCACCCCAAGACCUCCCCUCGAAUGCCCCGCGCCCAGCGGGACAAUCAGCUGGACCGGGAACAACUGGUCCGAGUCUAAAGCCAAAGGGGAGGCGGCGCACACCAUUCCGGAAGAGUGUGAGAGGCUCUUCUGUGACACACUAUCCGCGACCUUCCUUGGUGAGAGGAUCGACGUCGGACAGGAGUCACUGGGAAUGGGUACGUUCCAACAGACUCAGCCAAGUCAACACCACAGUCAACACCGUCUCGGGGACCACUAUGGAUCGAUUCAAAAAUGGGUCGAGGUGUGGGACUACAGCGGCGAUGCAAUCUACCGCGGUUUUGUAGCGGGUGAGGACGAUGAGCGGACCUUGUUCGUUUUCCUCGAGGACGGUACCAUCGGGCAGGGAUUGAAAUCUGGAUUAAUCGCACUUUUCGAACUGGCGGGAACCGACGCCUUCGAUUGCUCCCAGAUUGUCGCCUGCGUCAACCGCUCCCAGCACGCCGAUGAGAUGGAGCUCGUUCGCAGUCUCGGAUGGUGCGGCUUCAACCUGACUACCUUGGAUCCGUGGAUCAAGGGGACAGCCGUUACAGCAGGACCGGCACUUAGCACGGAAUGGCUUUUCUUGGUUGCUGAAGUAUAG